AUGGCUCUAGUAGAUAAGCGUGACCAUACCCCAACUAUCUCUUCGCAGUCUCUGUUAAAGACAUUCCCCCUCCACGAGUCUUGGCACGAAAUGAGGCUCAGCUUCAUCCCGACCCCUUGGAAAUGGCGGCCUCGCGAGUGGCUCACCAAGCAGUACUGGUUUUUGGAAACGGCCGACGCGACGUUUGCCGAUAAGAAGGGAUUCAGCAACGCUGAUGUGGAUGUGGUACCUCCUGAGCUACGGACCUGGAAUUGGUUCAACUUCAUGUCACUCUGGAUCGCAGAUGGAGGUAAUAUUGGAACCAUGCAAAUCUCUGGCAGUAUCAUGUCUCUGGGGCUUGACGUCCGACAAGCUAUUGUCGUCCUUGUCAUAGGAAACUGUCUCAAUGGCGUCUUCACAGCGCUUCAAGGCUACAUGGGUUCGCGAUACCAUAUCCCAUUCACCAUCGCCACGAGAGCUUCGCACGGAUUCUGGUUCUCGUACUUUGCGGUGGUAUCGAGAUUGAUCUUGGCAUUCUUUUACUUUGGAUCAAAUACCUACCUUGUGGCUCAAUGCACUCAGAUUAUGAUUGGGGCAAUCUGGCCUUCUUUUUUGAAUAUCCCCAACCAUAUUCCUGCGAGUGUUGGUAUUACAAGUGGGCUCAUGGUAGCCUUCCUCAUCGGCUGGUUGAUUCAAUUCCCUCUUCUGAUGAUUCACCCAAGAAAAAUGCGGUGGUUGUUCUUUGUAAAGUCGGUCAUGGCUGUAGGCGGUACACUUGCCAUGGUCGGUUGGGGAGUGACUGAAGCGGGCGGAGGUGGGCCUGUCUUUGCUCAAAAGGGGAUGCUUGAGGGGCAAACGCUCGCGAUGGCGUAUGUUGCCGGUAUUGUCCUGACGACCAACAGUCGGCUGACUCUAGCCAUCAACAUUCCCGAUAUGUCUCGUUACGCUAAGCGACCUGCUGAGACUUGGUGGCAGGCAAUCAUCAUCCCUAUCGUCUACAUCUUCUUCGGUAUCUGUGGGAUUCUCAUUGCUUCCACUUCCCAGAUCAUCUACGGCUCCAUCAUCUGGUCACCUUUACUCAUCAUCCCCAGAUGGGGCUCAAGAGCUGCUAGAUUCUUCAUUGCCUUCGCCUUUAUGAUUACCACCAUCGGCACGAAUAUCGCUUCCAACUCUGUGGCUGCGGCCAAUGACAUGACCUUCUGCCUACCCAAAUAUAUCAACUUGAAGAGGGGAGCCUUCAUUGUCAGCGUUCUUGGCGCUUGGGCUAUACAGCCGUGGCAGAUCCAGAAGAACGCUGCGACGUUGAGUGCCUUUUUGGGAGGGUACACUGUCGUUCUCGGACCUCUACUCGGCAUUAUGGUCACAGACUUUUGGCUUGUACACCGAGGCCGCCUCGACGUCCCCUCAUUAUACCGCGUCCGUGGCAUCUACCGCUACCAAAAGGGUGUCAACUGGCGAGCAGUUGUGGCAUAUGCGGUGGCUGUGCCGAUCAAUCUUCCCGGUCUGGGGCACGCGGUAAACAACAACAUCGCUUUGCCUUCGGCCUAUAUCAACUUCUAUACCGCCAAUUGGUUUACUGGGAUCGCUAUCGCAAGUUCAAUCUACAUGAUAUGCUGCUUGGUGUCUCCUCCCACAGCCACACUUUUGGAUGCUCCUAUCGAAACCGACGAUUUACUUCCUCGUCAGACGGUGGUGGAAGAGCUCGUUAUUGGCGGUGGGGCGGGCAAGGCAGAGGAGGAUGUUGACGAUGGGAAGAAGCCUUAUACUGCCGUGUAUGUUCAUAGUGUCGAUUGA